UGUAAUAUUUUGGCAGUUUCAUCUAAAAUAUGUACUUCAUGUAUGCAAAAUUUCCUGUUCAUCUUCUCUCAGGAGGCACACUGACAGAGGAACCAAAGACGCCUGUUGAUAACUGGUCUGAAGAAGAAGUUUCAGUUUGGUUGUGCACACACAAUUUACAAGACCUAGUUGACAUUUUCAAAAGGAACAACAUUGAUGGUAAAGAACUGCUGAGUCUUACAAAAGAGAGCUUGGCAGAUGAUUUAAAAAUUGAAUCCUUAGGUCUCCGCAGUAAAGUGUUGCGAAAAAUCAGUGAGCUGAGGACUGAAAUGAACUCUGCCUGUGUCGGUAUCCCUGAUGAAUUUCUGUGCCCCAUAACAAGGGAGCUUAUGAAGGAGCCAGUCAUUGCAGCAGAUGGCUAUUCCUAUGAGAAGCAAGCAAUGGAAAAUUGGAUCGUUAAGAAAAGGCAUUCCAGUCCCAUGACAAAUCUCCCUCUUCAGAAACUUGUACUUAUCCCAAACAGAAGUCUGAAAAUGGCUAUCAAUCGCUGGUUAGAAACUCACCCAAAAUACAAUGAGCAGCUAUCAUCCUAAAUAUUUUUUUCAAAUAGCAAAGAAGUUGAAGUAGGGCUACUUACUGAUUUGACAUUAGUGAGAGAGAUUAGGUGGUGAAUCAAUAUUUGACAGAGCAUGGUCAAGGAACUAAAUGACACACUUCUACACUACACUAUGUGGAGAGAUUAAAUUAAAUGAACACAUCAUCACCAAUACUAUUUCAUGCCACUGUGGGGGCUUAAUGAUGCAUGGAUGGAAGAUGCAACAAGCAAUUCAGAGCAAUUCUAACAACCAAGGGAAGUCAAAGCAACUAGCAAACCAAGGAGCUGAUCAUUAAAUAGCGAAUGACGUACCAGAUGUAUGUCAUGAAUUUGCUCACUUGAGCUCAAACAGUAUUUUGUACAAACAGGAAGGUUUGUAUAGCCCUCAUUUUGAACUAACUCGGACUAUAAAGUUGCAUUGGAUUUACCUUUUCAAGAGUUGUAUCAGUACAAAAUGUAUAGCACUCAAAAAGAAACUAUAUUAAUAAUCUUUUUAUUUCAUAUGG